GUCAUUAUGAAUAGUCACCAAACUGUAAAUUUCCAAGAUAAUGAAAAUAUAUAUUUCACAUUUCACCAAGACAUAUUUCUUGUAUAAACUUCAAAGCUGUUUCACAUCGUUCAAAAUGUAGACGACCACUAGUUUCCAUUUUAUACUAAUUCAUCUCUCCUUAUAAAAGCCUGUUUUUGCAUGCACUUGUUGUAAAUAAAGAUGCUAUCACAUUUUUAUUAAAUGUAAACUCAAUUACUAAAUUUUUUUGGCACUUGAAAACAACUGGUGUCAGUGUGGUGUAUGUAUUGUAGCAACGCUGUCGACUCUGUUGCUUGGAUAUUCAGAUAUGUAAACCAUAACUUACAAUGAAUGAAAGAGACGAAGGGUCCAGCAAUGGAGAUGACCACUCUUCAGACAUAAUAAUCAAAAUUCCGAGAGUCGAAACCUCGGAUGACGAAGUAAUCCAACCACCUCCUUGCCACGUAUCGUCUUCAGAAGAGAGCGAUGGCGAAGACAUUGAAAACGACACUGUAGUUGCUGGUGACCAUCCACUGGCGCCACUGCAUUUAUUUAAGAAAGCCAAAAGGAAAGCUCGUGAGCUAAGCAAAAAAGGAGAACUUGAAUUAGCCACGAAAGAACGGAUACGAGCUGUUGCCUAUUGCCGAUUAGUCUACGGUAAUGGUCAUUGGCAGUUGGCAAAAGCACACGCUAAGCUUGGUGAAGCGUACUUGAAAAGGAAAGGUUUCGCUCAACAGGCCCUGCUUCAUGGCGAAAAGGGAAGAGAUGAAUUACUUGAAGGAGAAGCGGAAGAAUUUCGAAGUAGUAGGAUAUCGCACAGUAAGGACGUUUUGAAAGUGAUGCAACUUGUAUAUUUCAUCAUUGGAAAAGCUAACUUCCAGCAGCAAGAUUUUAGAAAAUGUCAACAGGCUUUGAAGAAAUCUGAAAUAUCAGCUGCACAAAGUUUGAAGCUUGAACAACGCAAACUGUCGGUGAUGUAUGUGAAAAUCAUGGAAAGCUUGGGACAGGUUUCAGUCAAAUUGAAGAAGGAAAGUGCUAUAGAAUACUAUGAGAAAGCAUUACAACAUGCCACAAAGAUUUAUGGCAAAACAAGCAAGGAAAUUCUCCCACUGUAUCAAGGUUUAGCUGGAGCAUACAAGAUGAUAAAUACUAAAACUGCCCAGGAAAUGAUAGAAAUGCGCAUUAAACUUGCUCAUGAUAUUUUCACUAAAGAAACAGAAGAGCUAGCUGAUGAAUUGUACAGUGCAUCCAUUGACUUGCAAAGUAUUCAGGGGUAUGACGUCUCACAAAAUCUGGCUCGUUUAGAACGGUGUAUAAAAAUUUACAAAUGUACAUAUGGAUGCAAUCAUAAGCGAACCAUAGCAGCUCAAGAAGCAUUAUGCACAGAUUUAAUCACUGAUGGUGAACAUGAGAAGGCAGCUGGUGUUGUUGCCGAUGUAAUCAACAGUAAAACAAUUGUUUUUGGUGAUCCUAGUCAAAGUUUGGCGAAUUCAUAUCAAUUGCUUGCUAGCAUCAGGUUAACUCAAGGCAAAACUGACAAAGCAUUGAAACAACUGGAAAAAUGUCAUGCAAUGUUGUGUCUUGUCCUUGGAUCUCGUCACAAGAAAACUGUUAGCAUUGCUGAAAUUUUCAAGAUGAUCAAGAAAACACCGAGUGGGAGUAAGUUCCACUCUCCAGCCGAGAGACUUCGAGAGAGACCAAAAUUUAAUGGAACAGUUGGCAGGACUAGUUUACUUGGAUCUACGACAUUGUCAAAGUUCAACUGAUUUAAGUUCCCACAUUGAGCAAAGAAACUGGGGAAAGACCAUGUUUUACAAAACAGUUUGUCAGAAGUUUAGAACCAAUGGACAGAACUAGUUUACUGGGAUCUAAUAUAAUACCUAAUUAUAACUGAUUCAUGUUUUCCUCUUGAGAAGAAAAACUUGGAAUGAGUCAGGAUCCAAUGAAACAGUUGACCUGUUUUCAUCACCAAACUACUGUUGAUUUGCUGAAAAUAGAGAGAUCUUUGAUCCUAAAAAACUAUCUCAAUAAAAAUUCAAAAAAUUA